AAUGUAGCACCAACCCGCCCACAACUGAACACGUGGUUGAAGGAGGAAGUAGUUUCUAAAUCUGAACAUGACCUCAAAAGCAGCAGAUAGCUGCAGCUGGUGAAAUGUGUACUGUAGUAAUGUUGUAAGUUAUUUAUUGUAUGAGAAGUAAAUGUACUCGUUGCUCUAAUGGAUCCUAAUCUGCUGUAUUGGAAAAGCCAGGGACAGUCUCUGUUCAGUCGGCUACAGAUCUGGGUUAAUCUUCUAGAUCCAACUCACCUGCUCUCCUCUGAUGCUGAAAUACAGGAGGCCCACAGUCUUCUUGGAGAUGGAGAGAACCUAAAUAUAAAGGAUGGACAAGCAAUGACCCUCUCACUUUCGUCUGUCCACGCUGAUUCUGGUGCUGUUCUUCCACUAGUUUUCCGCCCAGCAGCAUUUUUGCCAAUAUCAGCACCUGUGGUGGUUGCCAGCUUUUUGCCCCACAGCAGUGUCAAACCCGCUCUGUUUUGGCAGUUUUUGUUGCAGAGUUACACUGCCGGGUUUAACUAUGCAAAUAGAAAUUCUUCAUCAGAGAAGCACCAGAGUAAGACGACGUCUUUGAAGCAGCUUCUGUUGAUUGCCGGGGCAGUUUCCUAUGCAACAUGUGCGGGGGCCCUUCCUCAAAUUGUCAUUAACCGUCUUGGUGUAAGAAGCACACCAAUCCAGACCUUCUUUAGGUCGAUAUUCCCAAUCCCACUGUCAGCGGCUCUGGCCGUCUUCAACGUGUUAAUUGUCAGAAGUGAGGAGGCAGAAACGGGGAUCCAGGUGUUUGACUCCAAUGGAAAUCCUGUCGGCUUUUCUAAAGCAGCGGGAGAAAAGGCUGUGAGAGAAACUGCUCUAUCGAGAGCAGCCCUGUUUGGGACAACCGCCGCUGUUCCUAGUCUCCUGGUUCAGCUCUUGAAGAGAACAAGACUUUUCCAGAAGAACUCUCUGCUGGCCGCUCCUCUCCGUCACAUUAGUGUUGCGUUUGUUCUGGGCUUGAUGAUCCCGGUCUCAUUCAGUCUCUUUCCACCGCUGGGAACGAUAAAGAAGGAAAACGUGGAGGAGCAGCUGCAGGCUGCAGCAGAUGGCAGACAGUUAUACUACCAUAGAGGACUCUGAGGAGCUGUUUCACGCAGCAGAUACCAAAUCCACCCAGCGGACGUUGCCAUUACUGGAUAGCAUGACAAUAAAUGUCUUCGUUACCGUAACGCAGCUGGAAAUGUGCAGCGCAUGUAACGGACUCACAGAUGAGAUUCAGCUUUUUCUCCACAGUUUGACCUCAAACAAGCAGAAAGCUACUUUUUGAUAGUAAAUUUAUUUAGUUGGAAUAUUAUGUUUUCAUCGAUAGAAAGAUUACAUCAAUUCAUGAAAAUACAUUUAGUUUUUAAAGUUACAUGAGCAUUUAUAUGUAUUGCACUCUGUGUCUUAUCUGAAAUACUGAGGCACAAAAA